AUGUCGAACCUCAGCAACUCCUACUAUUCAGUCUACAGAAUCGAAAACAAAAUGACAAUGGUAGACCCCGAAAUGCCCUCCCCUCGCUACCAUAAUACCAUUUUCAUCGAAACCUGGGAAGACGGUUAUAAAUCCGGUAGAACGUGUCAUGUCGUUGGGGAUCUAGUAACCGGAAUGACCUACAAUACCAGAGUCGAUCAAGAUCCCGAACUCGAUGAAAUGUUCUUCGCGAAGCAUUUUUUGGGAUUUUUGAAAGCUAAGGAUUAUCCUGAUAGGUUAAAUGAGAUUUUGGAGGUGUUGCCUCCGCCGCCGAAGCAGAAGUCUUUUAAUCCGAAGAGUAUGAGGACUGAGCAACAUAAGAGUCCUGGGGUUUUUUAUGAAGUCGGGGAGGAGAGGCCGCCGAUGGUUAAGUGUACGGAGUGGACGAUUAAUCAAGCUAUACCGGCAUUAAUUGAAGCUGGUAUUUUGAUGAAGGGUGGUUAA